AUGGCUCCCCAGGCAGGUGCUGGGGCCCCAUGCCCAGCAGGGCUCUGUUUGGGGUGCCAGUGCCAUGCCACCCACCCAAAACUAGUUCUCAUGCUCUUUGCUUGCAUGCUCCUGGCUUGGCUUGAGGCAACUCAGGUCACUGUGGGCUUCCAGGCCCCCUGGAACAUCUCUCAUCCUUUCAGUGUGCAGAGGCUGGGUGCAGGUCUCCAGAUUGCUCUGGACAAGAUCAACUCGGAGCCAGAGGUCCUGGGAAACUUCAGCUGGGAGUUCACGCACACGAAUUCGGCCUGCAGCACCAAGGAAUCUCUUGCUAUUUUCACCAAGCAGGUCCAACGAGAACAGAUUUCUGCCCUAUUUGGACCCCCAUGCCCAGAAGCUCUAGAGGUUAUUGGUUUGCUGGCAUCUGAAUGGAACAUCCCCAUGUUUGAUUUUGCUGGACAAACAGCAAAACUGGAAAAUGGCUUCUUGUAUGACACCUAUGUGAAACUCGUGCCACCUAGGCACGCCAUUGGGGAGGUGCUCCAGAAAAGUCUUCAGCACCUAGGCUGGGAACACAUUGGAAUGUUUGGAGGUCCUGGUGGGGUUUCUGCCUGGAAUGGAGUGGACGAGUUGUGGCAGGCUGUAGAGAAUGAACUCAAAGAUCAUUUCACCAUCACUGCUCGCAUAAGAUACACCAGCAAUGAUCCAGCCCUCCUCCAAGAGAAUCUCAGGAACAUGUCAUCAGUUGCCAGGGUUAUCAUCUUAAUCUGCACCUCAGAGGAUGCCAAGAUUAUUCUCCUGGUUGCGGAGACACUCGGACUCAACACAGGAGAUUUUGUCUUCAUCAUUCUGCAGCAGUGGGAGGACAAUUUCUGGAAGGCGAUGUUGACAAGUGAGACAAUGAGGCACUUCCCCCAGGUCUAUGAGUCUGUGUUUCUCAUCGCCCUCAGCACCUACACAGAAGACCCUACUCAUGGAAACUUCUGGAAACAAGUCUACCAAGCACUGAGGCAGCCGCCUUUCCACAGCUCCAUUACCACAGAGGAGCAGGUGAGCCCUCUCUCAGCCUACCUCCACGACGCAGUGCUGCUCUACGCCCAGGCCGUGAGGCAGGUGGCCAGGGUCGGAGGGGAUUUCAGAGACGGGCGACGUGUGGUCAGCAUCCUGAAGGCCUCUGGUAGGACAGUGCUGCAGGGGGUCACAGGGACUGUGUCGAUGGACGCCCAGGGAGCAAGGCACAUGGAUUACUUCGUCUACGCACUGCAGACAUCUGGAAAUGGGUCUCGUUUUCUUCCUUUCCUUCGCUAUGACAGCCACAAGAAAGCCAUCAGGUCCUGGAGGAAGGAAUCGAACCUGGCGUGGCCGGGGUCCCUUCCUGAAGACAGAUCUGGCUGUGGAAUGUCCAGUGAACUCUGUGAAAAGGCUCCUGCUUUCACAGGCCUGGUGGCUGCGCUUCUCACAACCACCCUCCUGCUUGCCGUCUUGGGAGCAGUCCUCAGAGCUCUCUUUUCACGGAUGCAGAGGCAAAAGCUGCUGCAGCAAAAUAAAGACAUUCGGUGGCAAAUCAACUAUGAGGACAUCACUAUCCUGCCCCAGAGCAAGCCAUCCCCAGGAGACACGCCUGUGUCGAGAGGGAGCCCCAGUAACCCGUCCAGUGUGAUGGUUUCUGCCGACGUCUCCUCCUUGCUAAGGAGCCAGCCUGGGAACGGACUCUUUUACGCCCCAGUCGCACUUUACCAGGGCAAUCACGUGGCCAUUCGCUAUGUUGGUGAACAAGCAGAAGGCUGGGCUAGGAAGCCAUCAGUGCUACAGGAAAUCCGCCUGAUGUAUGAACUAAGGCACGAAAACAUUGUUCACUUUUUGGGUGUUUGCCUUGAACCACCCAACAUGUGCAUUGUCACUCAGUAUUGCAAAAAGGGGAGUCUUAAGGAUGUUUUGAGAAACUCAGAUGGAAUGGAUUGGAUAUUCAAACUCUCAUUUGCAUAUGACAUAGUCAAGGGCAUGCUGUUCCUCCACGGGAGCCCCCUGGGCUCCCAUGGUAACCUGAAGCCUUCCAACUGCCUGGUGGAUGGGCGGCUGCAGGUGAAGCUGUCAGGAUUCGGGCUGUGGGAGCUCAGGUAUGGCCAUCAGUGCAGAAGUGCACAGGAGACUCCAACGGGCCAGUCAGAGCUCUAUUGGACAGCCCCAGAACUAUUGAGGCUCUCAGAAGUACCCUGGUCAGGCACCCCGAAGGGAGAUGUUUACAGCUUUGCCAUUGUGAUGGGGGAGCUGAUCCACCCCCAAGGUCAUGGACCAUUUGAUGAACUCACUGAGAGGCCAGAGGAAAUCAUCAGCCGCAUCAAAGACCCUGGGGCAUCAGUUCCACUACGACCUUCCCUGCCAGAGGAGAAGAGCAAUGAGAAGAUUUUGGUUCUGAUAAAGGCAUGUUGGGAUGAAUCUCCAGAGAAAAGACCCACUUUCCCUUUGAUCAAGAAAAUGUUGCGAGAAGCCAGUCCCAAAGGCCGAGUUAGUAUACUGGACAGUAUGGCAAGCAAGCUGGAAGUUUACGCCAAUCACCUGGAGGAAGUGGUGGCAGAGAGGACCAAUCAGCUGAUGGCGGAGAAGAGGAAGGUGGAGAAGUUGCUGUUCACGAUGCUGCCCAGCUUCAUCGGAGAACAGCUUCUAGCCGGCAGGUCCGUGGAACCAGAGCAUUUCGAAUCCGUGACCAUCUUUUUCUCAGACAUCGUUGGAUUCACCAAACUCUGUUCUCUCAGCUCCCCCUUGCAAGUUGUCAAGCUCCUGAAUGACCUGUACAGUUUGUUUGACCACAUCAUUCAAAGUUACGAUGUGUAUAAGGUUGAGACCAUUGGUGACGCCUACAUGGUGGCCAGUGGACUUCCCAUUCGCAAUGGUGCCCAGCACGUGGAUGAGAUUGCCACUAUGUCCCUGUACUUCCUCAGCGCUCUCCUACACUUCCAGAUUGGGCACAUGCCCACAGAAAAGCUCAAGGUCCGGAUUGGCCUCCACACAGGUCCCGUGGUGGCUGGCGUGGUGGGAAUCACCAUGCCCAGAUACUGUCUGUUUGGAGAUACGGUGAAUAUGGCCUCCCGGAUGGAAAGCAGCAGUCUCCCUUCCCGGAUCCACGUCUCUCAGAGCACUGCGGGCACACUGCUGGCCUCAAGGAGAUUUGAUUUGCAAAGGAGAGGCACCAUUCUAGUCAAGGGCAAAGGAGAACAAACCACAUUCUGGUUGAAAGGCAAAGAAGGCUUCACAUUUCCACUCCCAGAGUUUACUGAGGAAGAAGUGGAAGUCCCAGAGAUCUGA